AUGUUUUCAAGAGAAUUACAGGUAGUUGUUGCCUGCUUGGGUUCAAGGUUUGGGGUUUCUCUGGUUUUUCCGCUUCUACAGCAGCAGCUGGACAAAUCCGUGGAGUUUUCAACCCCCGUGACGUCCUACAGAAGCUUGGAAGAAGGUGUGUUUCUUCUGCGAAAUGACUUCCCGGUGUAUAGUGGGGGAGUGGUUCAUCACGCACCACUUUUGGUAGUUUUGAUGUCUGCUUUGGGUAAUAGCGCACUUACUUCACUGUUAUACGCCUGUGCAGAUGCACUCAUCGCGUAUCAGUUGAUAGCAAUGACGAGAUGUUUCCCAAAAUCAAAGAUCCCAGCUUGGGUUCCAGGAGCAUUAUAUGUGAUAAAUCCGUUAGUGCUUCUCUCUUCUGUUUCAAAAUCUUCCGUGGUGUUUACAAAUCUGGCCAUUACCACCGCACUAUUGAGUGCCAUGCAGAAAAGAACGCUGGUAGCAGCAGCAGCGAUUGCAAUGGCGGGCUAUUUAUCGCUGUAUCCACUUCUGCUCUUGGUUCCCAUUUUCUCCUUGCUUCCGCAAGAAAAGCUGAAGGUGACUUUCAUUUGUCUAAUCGUUUUAUCGGGCUUGUUACUUUCCAGCUACAAAAUCAACAAUGAUGAUUGGAACUACCUUUUCUCUACUUACGGUGUGAUAAGUACGUUCAGUAAGAUCAUUCCUAACCUCGGGCUAUGGUGGUACUUCUUCGUCGAGCUGUUCGAAAUGUUUAUCCCUUUUUUCAAGGCCGUGUUCAAUUUGUUUGUGGUGUCUUGCAUAAUACCAUUUUCGCUUCGCUUCCACGAUCAGCCUUUUUACGCAUUCGUACUGUGUCUCGGGUGGAUUACGUUGACAAAGUCGUACCCUACUCUUGGUGACGGCGGCUUUCUAUUGAGUUUUGUGCCGUUCUUUCAACCGCUGUAUGGCUACUUCAGAUAUUCAGUCAUUUCGACAUUACUUUUCAUUCACGUCAUUGUUCUCUCCCCCAUUUUCUAUCAUUUAUGGGUGGACUUGGGAUCGGGGAACAGCAAUUUCUUCUAUGCGAUCUCUCUUGUUUACGCAUUAGCAGUUUCAACAGUGCUAGUUGAUUUGGUGUGGGCCAUGUUGAGGAUAGAAUACGACAAUGGAACACCAAACCUAAAUCUAAAACUGACCUCAAUCUAA